CUGAGACGAGCAGGAGGAAGUGGGGACCGACCAGUUGAGCUGCACCGGAGGCCGAGGAGCAAGGGGGGCGGGGGUCUCAAGUGACCCCCGGGAAACUCCGGUGUCCUGGAAGGAGCCCAGCGCCUACAUGAAAGGAGGGACGUGGUUGGAAGGUCGCACCUACCUGAGCCGGGAAACUCCAGCUACUGGGUCCGCAGCACUUCCCCCGCGUGCUGGCUGGGUGGCCGCGUCUACGCACGAUCCAUGAGGAUCCGGAUGGCCGUGAGGUGGACCUGGGCAGGCAAGAGCUGCCUGCUGCUGGCGUUUUUAACACUGGCUUAUAUCCUGGUGGAGUUCUCCGUCUCCACUUUGUAUGCCUCCCCAGAAGCCGGCCAUGCCAAGGAGCUGGGGCCAAGGCGGCGCUCAGACAUUGAGACGGGGGAAGAGGAUUUGUCUCAGCCUCUUUAUAUAAAGCCCCCUGCAGAUUCCCAUGCUCUUGGAGAAUGGGGGAGGGCCAGCAAACUGCAGCUCAACGAGGGCGAACUGAAACAGCAGGAAGAACUCAUUGAGAGAUAUGCCAUUAAUAUUUACGUCAGUGACAGGAUCUCCCUGCACCGCCACAUAGAGGAUAAAAGAAUGUCCGAGUGUAAAGCCAAGACGUUCCACUACAGGUCGCUUCCCACCACAUCAGUUAUCAUCGCCUUCUACAACGAAGCCUGGUCCACUCUGCUUCGAACCAUUCACAGCGUUCUAGAAACGUCACCUGCGGUACUCUUGAAGGAGAUCAUCUUGGUCGAUGACUUGAGUGACAGAGUUUAUUUGAAGUCGCAACUCGAAACUUACAUCAGUAAUCUCGAUAGAGUGCGCCUGAUUAGAACGAAUAAGAGAGAGGGGCUGGUCCGGGCCCGCCUCAUUGGGGCCACUUUUGCCACUGGGGAUGUUCUCACGUUCCUGGAUUGCCACUGUGAGUGUAACACUGGUUGGUUGGAGCCACUUUUAGAAAGAAUUAGUAAUGAUGAAACAGCAAUCGUAUGCCCUGUUAUUGAUACUAUCGAUUGGAAUACUUUUGAAUUCUACAUGCAGACUGGGGAGCCCAUGAUCGGUGGGUUUGACUGGCGCCUAACAUUUCAGUGGCAUUCUGUCCCCAAACAUGAACGGGACAGGCGAACAUCAAGAAUCGACCCCAUCCGGUCACCCACCAUGGCAGGAGGCCUGUUUGCCGUGAGCAAGAAGUAUUUUCAGUACCUGGGAACCUACGACACGGGCAUGGAAGUAUGGGGAGGGGAGAACCUUGAGCUGUCUUUCCGGGUUUGGCAGUGCGGCGGCAAACUGGAGAUCCACCCAUGUUCUCAUGUGGGCCACGUGUUCCCCAAGCGGGCGCCAUAUGCUCGCCCCAAUUUCCUACAGAAUACGGCGAGGGCUGCCGAAGUCUGGAUGGACGAAUACAAAGAGCAUUUCUAUAACCGAAACCCACCAGCUCGGAAAGAGGCCUAUGGUGAUAUUUCUGAAAGGAAGCUGCUGAGGGAGCGGCUGAAAUGCCAGAGCUUCGACUGGUAUUUGAAAAAUGUGUUUUCUAACUUACACGUCCCUGAGGAUAGACCUGGCUGGCACGGAGCUAUUCGCAGCAUGGGCAUCUCUUCCGAGUGCUUAGACUAUAAUGCUCCCGACAGCAACCCGACAGGUGCUAACCUUUCCUUGUUUGGAUGCCACGGUCAAGGAGGCAAUCAAUUCUUUGAAUACACUUCCAACAAAGAAAUCCGAUUUAAUUCAGUGACUGAAUUAUGUGCGGAGGUCCCCGAACAAAAGACUCACGUAGGGAUGCAAAACUGUCCCAAGGAUGGUCUCCCUACCCCGGUCAACAUCAUUUGGCUUUUUAAAGAAGACGGCACGAUUUUUCACCCUCACACAGGACUGUGCCUUACUGCUUUCCGGACAGCCGAAGGCCGACCCAGUGUGCAGAUGAAAACAUGUAACGCCCUUGAUAAAAACCAGCUCUGGCGUUUUGAGAAAUAGACAACAGCAGGAGACCAUCUUCUGUUUGGGAGCUGACAGUAGCUCCUGGAAAGUCAGAGUGACCAGUGAUGAUUGUAGUCUUCCUAGAAGUCACCCAGAAGCUGGCCCUGAGAACACUGGCAAGCCACGGUUCAUGUGGCGAUGUCACUCUGAAGCUGGGUGCCCAGAGCAUCACUGCUCAAUCUUUCAAAGUGCCUUCUUUCCUCGGGGCUUGUUCUAUUUAAGAAGCUUUGUUGAUGUGGUCCCCUGCUUCUCUUCGAAGAAGCUGCUGUGAAUUGAUAUGCACAAAACACUUAGGUGUGGGCUGUGGGUGCAGCUCAGCAGCGGGUGCAAGACCCUGCGUGGACCCACGGCGCCACAAAAUGCACACUUGAGUGCAAGACUUAAUAUUAAAGAAUGUAAAAGCCCAAGCAAAAUGGGGUAUGAUU